AGUGAGCCACCCAGGCGCCCCAAGGGUCUUUGAUAGAGGGAGGCAGGAGGGUCAGGGAGAGAGAUGUGGGCUUUGAAGACAGAGGGCGCAGCCUUCCAGGGAGUACAGUGGCCUCUAGAAGCCAGAAAAGGCAGGAACGGGUUCUCUCCACCUCCAGAAGGAAUGCGGCCCUGCCCAACCUUGAUUUCAGCACCACAAGCCCCCGUCUCAGACCGCUGACCUCCAGUGUCUCUCGAGGGGGGCGCCUGGCUGGCGGUUCAGCAGGUAGAGCGUGCGACUCUUGAUCUCAGGGUCGUGAGUUCCAGGGCCCCGCGUUGGGCGUGGAGAUUACUUUAAAAAUGAAUACAUAAAUAAACAUUUAAAGUCUCUGGGAACCUGCGCCCCUCCUCUCCACCUCCUUCCGGUGGACAUCACCCCCUUCCGGCCUCCAGAAGGCCACUUCCCACACCGGCACCAGUACCCCACAGUUUGUCAUUGUAUCUAAAAUAAAACCAAGGGCCACAGAACCCCCAGACUCCACGGGCGGGGGUGGAAAAUGGUCCAGCCACCCCAGAAAACAGUUUGGCAGUUGCUUAUGAAGUGAAACAGGCGACUGCCCCGUGACCCAGGGAUCCCACUCGAGCCCCUAACAGAGGUUACCUUUGGAUGGGGGAGAUGGAGAUUGACCGGGAAGGGGGGAAGACGCACGAGAGCUUUGUGGCGGGAGAGGAGGCUGCAUGACACAGGUACCUGUAUUUGCCAGAGGCGACUCUACACCGAAGAUUGAUGCAUUUUGCAUUUUUAAUUGUAAAUGUUGGAAAUCAUCCGAAUUCCUCCCUGAAGCCUGCGGGCCCCGGGUGACCUGCCCCUGUCCCCCCUCCCUGGCCUUCCCUCCUUCCUCUCUCCCCCUCACUCACCCUGCUCCAGCCACAGGGGUCUCUUGCUGUUUCUUCAACACUCUGAGCUCAGUCCUGCCUCAGGGCCUUUGCGCCUGCUGCUUGUGCCUCUGAAAGCCCCUCCCGACCACCAGUACCCUCUUCUGCAUAAACCGGGGCCCUCCUCACCUCUGGGUUUCACGUCAGAGGGUAUCUCAUUAGACCUUCAUUGGCCACCUCAUUUAAAGCCAUGGCCACCUGUGUAUUCCCUACCAGGUCCCAUCACACCGUGUUACCUCAUUCAUGAAUGUUUACUUGUGCAUUGGCUGCUGUCCCUGCUGGGCUGUGAGCUCCAUGAGGACAGAAAUGUGUCUCCUUUUUUCCCUGCUGUAUCCUCAGCACCUAGCCCCAUGCUGGCAUGUAUAAGUUGAUCAGAGAACACCUCGUGGAUGGAUGGACAGACGGAUGGGCAGCUGGGCAGGCAGAUGGAUGGAUGGGCUGACAGGUAGAGGGAUAGAUGGGUAGAGGGACAGCUGGGCAGGCGGACGGACGGAUGGACCGAUGGAUGGAAGGAUAACUGGUUGGUGGAUUGGUGGAUGGAUGGACGGAUGGAUGGACAGUGAAUGGAUGGCAGGGAAGAAGGCAGAUGGACAGAUGGCCGUUAAGGAUGAACACCCUAAGUGGGGACCAGUGUGGGGGUCUGGACAGUUGUCUUAAGAUCUUGGGAAGGGGCGGGGCGCCUGGCUGGCUGAGUCAAAAGAGCAUGUGACUCUUGAUCUCAGGGGGUUGUGAGUUCAAGCCCCAUGUUGGGUGCAGAGAUUACUUAAAACUUUAAAAGGUAGGUAGGUAGGCAGGUCGAUCGAUCGAUCGAUAGAUGGAUCUCAGGAAAGGUCACAGCUGCUCAGACUCAUCCAGACAGCCACUGGAAAGCUUUCUUGGCGGAAGGAGGCUCCACUUCCGUGGCACACGGGGUCAUGCAGGGGACUCUCUUGCCCAACCGCAGUCACAUAGCAAGCGAGGCAGCGACAUUCACACCUGGAAGGGCGGGCGGUCAGGAAGGGAGUCGCGGAUUUCCCUGGUCGUCCUGGGCUGCACUGGAGGGACUGUCCCACAGCGACGGAAAGCUGUUCUGGACACCGGAGAACUCGAGUUGAUGACCCCCGUCAGCCAGUCCCUUGACCACUGGCCACCUGUUUUCGCAUCUGUAAAGUGCAAAAUACUAGCUGUUUUCAGGAGCUGUGUCCGAAGGGUCAGUAGGCACCGGGCUAAGCACUUUGUGUGUCUCAUCGGGCGGGGCCGACAGGAUGUGGUCCAGCUUCAACGAGUGGUUUUGGCAGGAGAAGUUAUGGUUACCACCCAACAGCUCGUGGGUUGCCCUGGAGGACCGAGAUGGCCUGGUCUACCCCCACCCCCGGGACGUGCUGGCAGCCCUGCCCCUGGCACUGGCCCUGGUGGCCAUGCGCUUCACCUUCGAGAGCCCCAGAUGGCCUUCCUCGCUGCCCAGUGUGGCCUCACGCUGCAACAGACCCGGCGCUGGUUCCGGAGACGCCGGAACCAAGACCGGCCCUGCCUGAGCAAGAAGUUCUGUGAGGCCAGCUGGAGGUUUGUCUUCUACCUGUGCUCCUUCUUCGGUGGCCUCUCUGUCCUCUACCACGAGUCAUGGCUGUGGACACCGGUGAUGUGCUGGGACAAUUACCCAGAUCAGCCCCUGAAACCGGGCCUGUACUAUUGGUACCUCCUGGAGCUGAGUUUCUACAUCUCACUGCUGAUCACGCUGCACUUGGAUGUCAAGCGCAAGGAUUUCAAGGAGCAGGUGGCACACCACUUCGUGACCAUCACCCUGAUCGUCUUCUCCUACAGCGCAAACCUGCUGCGCAUCGGCUCUCUGGUGCUGCUGCUGCACGACGCCUCGGACUACCUCCUGGAGGCCUGUAAGAUAUUCAAUUACACGCGUUGGCGGAAAGCAUGCGAUACCCUCUUCAUCAUCUUCUCCUUGGUCUUCUUCUACACUCGCCUCGUGCUCUUCCCUACGCAGAUCCUCUACACCACAUACUACGAGUCCAUUGCCAGCUCGGGCCCCUUCUUCGGCUACUACUUCUUCAACGGCCUUCUCAUGAUGCUGCAGCUGCUGCACGUGUUCUGGUCCUGCCUCAUCCUCCGCAUGAUCUACAGCUUUACGAAGAAAGGCCAGAUGGAGAAGGACGUCCGCAGCGACGUGGAGGAGGCCGACUCGAGCGAUGGGGACGUGGCCCAGGAGUCCCUGCCGCUGAAGAACGGGGCGGCCCCCACCGACGGUCCUCGGAGCCGGGCGGCCGGGCGGCUCGCCAACGGGCACGCGCCAGCCACAUAGCCAGCCGAAGACCGGCCUCGCGGGCCUGCUCCCGGGGCCCUGUGGCUUGGAUUUGUGGGGCGGCAGGACCGGAGGCCCCGGGGCGGCUCUGGAGACAGGGAGGGACCUCCCGCAGGGGCAGGGGCAGGGCUGAUGAUCUGUCUCCAGCCCCCUCUCUCUGCCCACCCUUCCCUUCCUUUCCCUUCCCUUCCCUUGGGCAACUGGACAGAGCUGGGGAGGGCGGGCGGUAGCCCGCCGGAGCCACCUCCAGGCUGAAAGGGGUCCAAUAAAACUUGAACGGAGCCAA